AUGGCGAAUACUGCAUCUUCUUCUUCUUCGUCCUCUCCUCACUGCACCAUUUUCAAGGUAAUAAAAACACCAACCUGCAUCCUCAUUCUACUUCUCUGCAUCGCCUCCUACUUCCUUGCCGCGUACCACCAAGGAGCGCCCCUAAUCACCACCGCCACCACCGCGGCCCUUUCCUUCUCCCUCUCCGCCUCUGCGCCAUGCAACCACCUCACCGCCGAAUCUUCUAAAAUCUUCUCACGCUGCAGCGUCAACUUCAGCGAGUACACGCCCUGCGAGGAUCCUCAUCGCUCUCUAGGGUACACACGGGACAGAAUGAUAUACCGAGAGAGGCACUGCCCGGAGAAACCCUUGAAAUGUAGGAUUCCUGCCCCUCACGGUUAUCGAAACCCCUUCCCCUGGCCGGCGAGUAGAGACCGCGCGUGGUUCGCUAACGUCCCCCACCGUGAGCUCACAGUGGAGAAGGCUGUGCAGAACUGGAUCCGCUCCGACGGCGAGCGGUUCGUUUUCCCCGGCGGCGGAACCACCUUCCCCAACGGCGCCGACGUCUACAUUGAGGACAUCGGAAAGUUGAUUAAUCUUAAAGACGGCUCUAUUAGGACUGCCCUCGAUACUGGCUGUGGGGUAGCGAGUUGGGGAGCGUAUCUUCUAUCUCGCAAUAUCCUAACAUUGUCAAUUGCGCCAAGGGACACCCACGAAGCACAAGUUCAAUUUGCUCUUGAGCGCGGAGUUCCUGCACUGAUUGGAAUCCUUGCCUCUAAGAGGCUACCUUUCCCUGCAAGAGCUUUUGACAUGUCCCAUUGCUCUCGCUGUCUCAUCCCUUGGGCUAAACAUGAUGGAAUUUUCCUGAACGAAGUGGAUCGAGUUCUACGCCCUGGAGGAUAUUGGAUUCUAUCUGGGCCACCAAUCAACUGGAAGAAAUACUGGGAAGGAUGGAAAAGAUCAAAGAAGGACUUGAACCAGGAGCAGACCGAAAUUGAGGAGUUAGCCAAGAGCCUUUGCUGGAACAAGCUAGUGGAGAAGGAUGAUAUAGCUAUCUGGCAAAAACCCAAAAACCAUUUAGAUUGCAAGGUCAAUCGUAACCUCACCCAAAACCGGUCUUUUUGCAAUGCUCAAGAUGACCCUGACAACGCCUGGUAUACCGAAAUGAAGACAUGUUUGAGUCCUGUUCCUGAAGUGUCAAACAAAAAAGAAACUGCAGGUGGGGUGGUGGAUAAUUGGCCAAAGAGAUUGAAAUCCACCCCACCAAGGAUUUAUAAGGGUACCAUAGAAGGGGUUACAUCUGAAACUUAUUCAAAAAAUUAUGAACUGUGGAAGAAAAGGGUAUCAUAUUAUAAGACAGUGAACAAACUACUAGGAACUGGCAGAUACCGUAAUCUUUUAGAUAUGAAUGCCUACUUGGGUGGAUUUGCCGCUGCACUAAUUGACGACCCCGUUUGGGUCAUGAAUGUGGUUCCUGUUCAGGCUAAGGUUAACACACUUGGAGCAAUAUAUGAACGUGGGUUGAUUGGAAUAUAUCAUGACUGGUGCGAAGCAACGUCUACUUAUCCUAGAACUUAUGAUCUAAUCCAUGCUGAUUCAGUGUUCAGCCUUUACAAUAACAGAUGUGAACUGGAAGACAUUCUAUUAGAAAUGGAUAGGAUUCUUCGACCUGAAGGAUGUGUUAUCAUCCGAGAUGAUGUUGAUAUAUUGGUCAAAGUAAAAAGAAUCAUCAAUGGAUUGGAAUGGGAUAGUAUAAUUGUAGAUCAUGAAGAUGGGCAUCUUGAAAGGGAGAAACUUCUCUUUGUUGUGAAGAAGUAUUGGACAGCUCCACCAACUUCAGACAACACAAAUUAA